GAUUUACGAUGGAGAUAUUUUUUCGAAAAAGAAGAUGACAAAGAACUGUCUACAAAAAAAACUAUUUUCUUCCGCGAAACUCGAAAAGGUAUUUUAAUUUACAAUAUUCUACAGAAAACUCUGCUUAUUUAGAACCAAGAAUACUUCGGCAAUUUGAAAGUGCUUUCAAAAUGAGUAAAAGAAAUUAUAAAUCGAAUAAUGAAUCUUCUUCAUUGGCUAAACAACCAAAAAAGCAUUGGUCUCUCGGCCUCUUGGAUACUAUGAAAGAUCCAAAAUAUGUUUACAAGGACUCAGAAAGAGUAGUUGUAAUAAAGGAUAAGUAUCCUAAAGCCAAGGUGCACUAUUUGGUGUUGCCCCGUGAGCAGAUUAGUAGCAUUUUUAGUCUUAAUAAAACCCAUCUUAGUCUCCUUGAAGAGUUUGGAACUUUUGUAAAAGAUAUCAGGCAGGAGCAUAAAGAUGCUGAUAUAGUCGCUGGUUUUCACGCUGUGCCAAGUAUGCAUCUUAUGCACAUGCAUGUCAUUAGCAAGGACAUGAUAUCUGACUGUCUUAAAACAAAAACACAUUGGAACAGUUUUACCACCAAGUUUUUUAUUCCAUAUGAAGAAAUACUAGAAAGAAUUAGAAAUGAUGGAGCCGUAAAAAGAAUCUCAGAUGAAACUCAUAAACAAUUACUGGCAAUGCCGCUUAAAUGCAACCAAUGUGAAUUUGUGCCAAAAAAUUUGCCUAUUUUAAAACAACAUUUACUCACACAUAACUCAUGACCAUGAGUUACU